GUGGUCACGUGGCCGUCGGUCACCGCUGCCACCGCCCCCUCCCGCUCUGUUCUCUUUCUGGUCGGGUCGGGCCCGGCCGGCACCACGAGCGCCCUGCAGAGACUGAGGGAGAGAGAAAGAGGAGGGGAGGAGGAGGAGGAGGAUUCAGGGAGUAGGAGCUGGGGAGCCCUCCCGCGCCACAGAAAAUUAAAUUUCCAGAGACUUGGUGAAGAUAGGGAAACUAUCAGAAAGACUAUAGCACUAUUGUACUACUUGUGGAGGAGACCUCUGUUAUACAGAGCCUGAAGUCAUCUAUGAUCCAUAACAAGAGCAUAAGUUUUCAAGUGUCAGUUAGAUUUGUGGAUCAAUAAAGUUUUCCUGAUAGGUAGUCACUUUUGGUGACAGUGUCCAGUUCUCAAAAUGUAUCAUUCCUUAUCUGAAACUAGACAUCCUCUGCAGCCAGAAGAACAAGAAGUGGGCAUUGAUCCUUUGUCUAGCUACUUAAACAAGCCUGCAGGAGAUUCAAAUCAAAAUGGAAGAAGAACAAGUUCUACUUUAGAGUCUGAUGGGACUUUUAAUUCCUAUAGGAAAGAAUGGGAAGAACUCUUUGUAAACAACAAUUACUUGGCAACAAUAAGGCAGAAGGGGAUUAAUGGGCAGCUGAGAAGCAGCAGGUUCCGCAGCAUUUGCUGGAAGCUCUUUCUUUGUGUUCUUCCUCAAGAUAAAAGUCAAUGGAUAAGUAGAAUUAAAGAAUUAAGAGCAUGGUAUAGCAACGUUAAAGAAAUACAUAUCACAAACCCGAGGAAAGUUGUUGGCCAGCAGGACUUGAUGAUCAAUAAUCCCCUUUCCCAGGAUGAAGGGAGUCUUUGGAACAAAUUCUUCCAAGAUAAAGAACUUCGUUCAAUGAUCGAACAGGAUGUCAAAAGAACGUUUCCUGAAAUGCAGUUUUUCCAACAAGAAAAUGUGAGAAAAAUUCUUACAGAUGUUCUUUUCUGUUAUGCUAGAGAGAACGAGCAGUUGCUUUAUAAACAGGGCAUGCACGAGCUGCUGGCGCCCAUAGUCUUCACCCUCCACUGUGACCACCAAGCCUUUCUUCAUGCCAGUGAGUCUGCACAACCAAGUGAGGAAAUGAAAACUCUCUUGAACCCUGAGUACCUGGAACAUGAUGCCUAUGCAAUGUUCUCACAACUUAUGGAAACUGCUGAACCUUGGUUUUCUACUUUUGAGCAUGAUGGUCAAAAGGGGAAAGAAACCCUGAUGCCUCCUAUUCCCUUUGCUAGACCGCAGGAUUUGGGACCAACAAUUGCUAUUGUUACUAAAGUCAACCAGAUCCAGGAUCAUCUACUGAAGAAGCAUGAUAUAGAGCUUUACAUGCACCUCAAUAGACUAGAAAUUGCGCCACAGAUAUAUGGGCUACGGUGGGUUCGGCUGCUGUUUGGACGAGAGUUCCCCCUGCAGGACCUUCUGGUGGUCUGGGAUGCCUUGUUCGCAGAUGGCCUCAGCCUGAGUUUAGUUGAUUAUAUCUUCAUAGCCAUGUUGCUCUACAUCCGAGAUGCUUUGAUCUCUAGUAACUACCAGACUUGUCUUGGCCUUCUGAUGCAUUACCCGCUAAUUGGGGAUGUUCACUCACUGAUUCUUAAGGCUCUGUUCCUUCGAGAUCCAAAGAAAAACCCAAGACCAGUGACUUACCAAUUCCAUCCAAAUUUAGAUUAUUACAAAGCACGAGGAGCAGACCUCAUGAAUAAAAGCCGGACCAAUGCCAAAGGCGCUCCCCUGAAUAUAAAUAAGGUCUCUAAUAGCCUGAUUAAUUUUGGAAGAAAACUGAUUUCUCCAGCGAUGGUCCCAAGUGGUACAGGUGGCCCUGUACCAGGAGGUAGUGGGGCCGCUUCCUCCCCAGCCGUGGUUCCCACCAGGACCUUGGCAGAGGCUCCCAGGCACCCUUUGCAGCAACAGCAGCAGCAGCAGCAGCAGCAGCAGCAGCAGCAGCAACAGCAGCAACAGCAGCAGCAGCAGCAGCGGCUGAUGAAAUCGGAAAGCAUGCCAGUGCAACUGAACAAAGGACAAAGUUCUAAAAACAUCAGUUCAUCUCCAAGUAUUGAGAGUCUGCCUGGAGGAAGGGAGUUUACAGGCUCCCCACCAUCAUCUGCUACUAAAAAGGACUCCUUUUUCAGCAGCAUCUCCCGUUCCCGCUCACACAGCAAAACUAUGGGCAGAAAAGAAUCUGAAGAAGAAUUAGAAGCCCAAAUUUCCUUCCUUCAAGGACAGUUGAAUGACCUAGAUGCCAUGUGCAAAUACUGUGCAAAGGUGAUGGACACUCAUCUUGUAAAUAUUCAAGAUGUGAUAUUACAAGAAAAUUUAGAAAAAGAAGAUCAAAUUCUGGUUUCCCUGGCAGGAUUAAAGCAGAUCAAAGACAUUCUAAAAGGUUCCCUGCGUUUCAACCAAAGCCAGCUGGAAGCCGAGGAGAAUGAGCAGAUCACCAUCUCCGAUGACCACUACUGCUCCAGUGGCCAGGGCCAUGUGCCUGGGGCCACCAAGCAGACCCCUUCAGCAGCGCAGGGGCGCACAGAGAGAGGUGGCCCGGACGACUUCAUCCUCGUCUCCAAGGAUGACGACGGGGGCAGCACCAGGGCGCCCCCGCCCGGCCAAGCGCAGCCCCUACGACUCCUCAGGAGCUUGGCCCGCCCCGCCCUGGUUUUCUCAGACCCGCUGACUGGUCCGGCUUCGGCCCCCUCCAGCAACCCCAGUUCCAGCCCCGAUGACGACAGCAGCGGCCACAGCAAGGACUCGGGCUUCACCAUUGUGAGCCCCCUGGACCUCUGACCGCCGCCUGGCCAGCCCCGCAGCCCCGAGGAGAUGCCUCUGAAACCCAGCCUCUUCCCAGCGUGCACGUGGCCUUGGGGCAGCCCUCGGAAGGUGCAGAGAGAAGCAGGGGGACAUCAAGCACGGUGGGACCUUGCCUCAAAAGCAGACAGCUUGUCCCAGCCCCAGUAGCUCACCUCCACCCCUGCACCCCCCGCCGCUGCCCUGAGGUGACGCUGGGUAAAGACCCAGCGUCACACUCACGGUCAAAAAAGACCAAAUCACAGCUAGAAUCUCUUUCCCUCUGUCCUCUCCUCCCCAACUGAGAAGGUGUGGCCACUCCGACAGGUACAUCUAGAAGAAGGAAAGAAGGGUUUCACAUCUUCCCUCUCUCAGAGCAUCAGGCAUAGGAAAACUGAUACCAAAAAAACAUUCUCUCUGGAAAUCUCGAUCUCACCCUAUUUCAUUAUUUCUCCCUUGGGAAGCCAUACAGCACUGCCAGGAGCAACAGAAUGGACGGGAACUUGUGGUUUCCAGGACUGAAACAAGCCUCACAGAAAAUUGAAAUGCUCUUUAGAAACAGGGUCUAAACUUAGGAAAUCUAUUUAGGUGUAACAUGGUUCAGAUUUUUUUUUUCAUUUUACUAAAGAAUUCAUUUCCUAAAACCAGAUCAACUCUGGCCAUCCCUGCCCCUCCUUAAACAGUUGUAUUUCACACUUUAGAAUCUUCGAAGCCAGAAGAUAAGGUCAUUUAGCCAUGUAUUAGCCGUGAAUGUACACCCUGACUCUGGUGUGACAGGAUGGCGGAGCUCGCACAGAAGAGGAUCUAGACUAGCAGGAGAAACAUUGCGACUUUGGGACAACUCCCCAGCAAGCAUGCUGUUCUUUUCCAUCGCUUGGCUUAUCUCUUUGAAGAAAGGGUCAAAAGAAGGCUGACCUCUUUAGAGGAAAGGUGGAGCAAACCCUGGGCUUUGUCACUCCCCACCCACCUGCCCCCAAAGACCUCAGGCAAUGCAUUUUAUCGCUUUUGUCUGGGACUCUGCAUCUGGGAGAGGAUGCCUCAGACAGAACCACAGACCCCUUCAGCUCGAAAGUUUGCUGAUUUUAACAGCCUGUAUGAACCACAGCAAAUGACAUGUGCCUUGCUCUCAGCGUCAUUUAAGUCACAGGUUAGAUGAUUAGUGCCUGCCGUUACUGUAAAUGUAGCCAUUUUUUUUGUUUCAUAUUUUUAUUUUUUUGAUUUCUGGAUUUUCACUUUAAAUUGAAUAUUGCUGUUUACUUGCCAGUGAAGUUCAAGGAUUGCUAACAAUAAUCUAACUUACACAUUAUUUUAUUUCUCAGACUAUAAAUCUACUUUUAAUUCUUUACUAUUUUCUUUUUUUUUUUUUUCCACAUAGAGUUCUGAAAUGAGCUAAGAGCCUAACUAAGCUCCCUGCUGGCUGCUGGCUGCUGGCAGCAGGAAACUGCACUAUUAUUCAAACAACAGAGGUUUAAUUUUCUAAACAGAAUGACACUGAACAAAGACCAGUGGAGAUGCGCACCUUGAUUAAAGUACAUUAUCAGCAAACAAAUGACAAGAACUAGGCAAAGGAGUUGUGUUUUAAAAGGAGAUUUCAGGGUCUUGGCAGAAGUAAAUUCAAUAUAUUAGCCUGAGCAUCUAAUAAUGAGUCACCAAGUUAUAGAUGCCAUCAUAGUUAACUGGUUGACUUACCUGAAUCACUGACAAGAAAAUGGACAAAUAAGAAAACAGUUAGUGAAGAUCUAGGAAGCCUUUACUCUUCCAAAAUUUGAGAGCAAUUUGGUUUGGGAGAAGAAAUAGACUGCAGUGUCCAGUAUCAAAAAUCAUAUGUUUCACCAAUUUGGAAAAGAAAGUUUUGGAGGAAAGAUUCAGCUGGCCGGAGGAGAGCUGCACCUGCUCCAGCCCCUCCACCUGCUGCCGGCUCACUGUCUGCACUACCUUAAGGCUCACUUUGCUUCGGCAGGAACCGACAACGCUGAGAAGGGGGAAGCAGUGUUGGUUGAUUUACAAACAACAGCUGCCACUGGGUAAAGUCAUGGCCACUGUAUGUACCAAAAGCAAAAUAUCAAGCCAGGCAAGCAACUUACUUUUGACAAAGGGGUCCACCAAGUAACUGGCUCUUCUUAAGAGGAGAAUAUCUUGGACUGGAAAUUUUCAAAGUUAAACCUUCAAUUAAAUGCACACACUGCUAUUGGAGAAAUAUCAUAAAACAUCUUUUUAAUGUGAACACUACUUCUUACAAUGCAAAAUUAUGUACAGUGUGUUGCUUCCAGGUUGCUUUACAUUGUCUACACGCUAGCUGGUGUUUCCAGCUGGGAGCCUUUGUCCAGCCACAGCGCCCUUGAACCCAACAGCUCUCUAAGUUCAGGGAGUCUGGCUACUUACAGUCUCCUCAGUAACCAUGGCUCAGCAGGCACGCCCCCCCCCCCCCCAAAUCAUCUAUGCCCCAGAGACCCCAGUGAUCAUACAUAAGUAAAAGUUGUAGAUUAGAUUUUUCCCCAAUAAAUACUAAUUAAACAGUACAAUCCAUCUUUAAGACAUUGUUUUCAAACAGGAAAAUGUCGUCUGUUUCUCAAUGGAACUAGAGUGACUACUCCGUUGUUCACACUAGAACCGAGUUAUGAUGCUUUUGUAUACAAAUAUAGCAUAUUUGGGCCAGGAAUAUAGUUUCUUGUUAAAGAGUUUAUUUGCCUCCACACGCAGGGUUGCUACAUACAUUCACAGUUUUAAGAGACUGCAAUAGCUAUUCCAGUUGUGCUUUAAAAUCUCCAAUAUUAUUUUCAUUAGUGAGUGCAAAGCAAAUGUCCCAUCUGACUACAGUUGGUCCUGGAGUUAUAAACUCCAUAAUGAUCUCUAGAGAGCUCCCUCAUUCUCCAGUUUCAUCAUUUGCUUUUUCAGGUAUGACUUCGAGGCUCCGGCGUGGCUUCUGAAUGUCGGCAUUUUCUGUGCCCGGUUUAUUGAGCCCACAGGAAACAGCCGCAUAGUGGAUCUGCUUCAGGUUCUCCACAGUCUCAUUCUUGGCAUACUUCAAGAGAUCCGCUUGUCCCUGUGAUAAAACAUGCAAUUAAAUAGUGUGAUUACAAUUUGACAACAUAGGUCUUCCAUUGACAUAGAAAUAUUUCCAUUCCGUAAUAGAGGGCAUAUCUAUUUAUUAUCAGCACUGCAUCCAAAUAGGUCAGUUUUAACAACAACAAAACAAGUUUGUUUUACCAGUCCGCAAUACCAGACUCCAAGAGUGUGCUACCUUUUCAGUCCUUUCCAUUUUCUGGGUACUUUAUUUUUACACAUAUGGAAUCAAGGAGACUAUUCUUCUGUUGCCUUGUUUUUUUUCAUCAGAAGUUAUGUCUUGGCAGUAUUUCCAUGUCAGUAUAUGUAGAUCUACCACAGGAUGACAGGGUAUGUUAAAGCAAAACUCUGCAGAUGGUCUAGGAUAAUUAAGGUAGUAAUAUCAGAGUUCUUUAUCUGGUAAAUCCUGUGUUUCUUGUGUUCAGACCAGUCACCACGGCACCUUGAACAGACUAGGCCUUGGGCCAUCCUCCAGAGGAGACUCAAAGGAACCUUACAGGCAGUGAUCCCAAGGCCAAGGAGUGGCCAGACUUUACCCCCAUCACUUUUACUUUGCUCUGUGCACCCACAUCCACAUGCCUGCCACGUCCUAGAGUUAGGACACCCAGUUGAGGGAAGAGCAAAUCUGAGAGAAGGGAGGGUGUUCCUGGCAGCGUUCCUGUCCCAUCCCUUCAGAAGAACAGAGGCUAUGGAAAACGCUGCCACCCACCUACCUCCCAGGGUGCCUGGUUUUGGAGACGCCUACUAAACUGGCUUUGCAAUGUGUUCAGCUGAGAGACUCAAACCCGCUCUGGAUUCACACAUUCCACUUCAAAUUGUGUCACUUACUCUACUUGGUUUUCAUCUUGAAAGAUUUAAAACAACCUUACAGGUCAAAAUACUUUAAGGUUCUUACGUAGAUUCCUAAAAUAACUUUUAAAGAUAUAGCUGAGGGCAGGGCUCCUGCCGAGAGUCCAGCAUGAUUUUCUUCCUCCCGGCGCCUCUGCCCACUGCUCACCUGGAGAGGGGACAGCCAGAAAGGAAUGACCAUCGGCAGAUGCCAAACGCUAUCUUCAACUCUUGGCCAAUCACCAGACUUUCUGUCUGCCCACAAAAGAUGUUCUAGUUUUUAAUAUAUUAAAAUAUUUUUAAUAUUUAUAUUUCAAGGCACAUCUGUUAGUGCUAUGCAGUUUGUGAGUCCAAAAUUAACAAUCACAAUUCAUUUCUCUUAUUUAGCUAAAACAAUAAGGAUUCUAGAUUUGUUAAUUUUUUCAAAGCUUUUCUUAAACUAUCUCUUAGAGAAAAACAGUCACCUUCCUUCUGAAGUGAGUGAUCAGUGUGGCCACAGGGACUCUGCCGCCCUCAGCCACAACUGUGCAGUGGCCAUGUGGUUGAAAGCCAGAGAUCAGCGGCCACCUGCUGUCCCCAGGGGCCUGUGGACACCUUUCUUCCUAGUUACACCCAGUGGAGAAAAGAGAAAGAAGAGGACACAUACCACUUGGGGAGUCUGACAGAAGCCCAAAAGCAUCAAAUAUUUUUGUUUUCAUGCAAAUAGGAAUCUAAGUUACGAGUGUCUGGUUGGACCUCAGCAUGUCUGGGGCCCACAAGGAUUUCUGGGUUGUUCUGGGGCCAAAGUCCCCAAUCCAACAGGGUUCACCUGGAUGAUGGGGAGCUGGGCUGCCUCCUGCUGCUUGGUUUGCUGUCCCCUCAGGAACACAGAGGAACAACCGAUUUUAGGUGCCUUCACUAAUAUAAUCAAGCAUGACACUAUAACAGGCCUUUCCCUCACAUCCUCUGCUUUAGUUCCUCCCUGAAGUACUCAGAUAACUUUAUCUGAUGAACAUUUCCUGAGUUGUCUGACUAGUCAGAGAAUUGUGCAUGAGCCGAUCACAUACUCCGUGACACCCCACUUCCCUCACAUGGCCUCUAAAAAGGCUUUGCUGAAACCCUUAGGGGAGUUUGGGGUUUGGGGGCACGAGCCACCCAUCUCUUUGCAAUAAAUCUUCCUCUGCUCCAAACUUGA